UCAGUACGUUUGCGUUUCUCAACUAAGCCACUACGUUUGGCUAAAUAACACCGCGUCACUAUUAUUUAGUCAUUUAAGAAGCAAUAGAACUAUGAUUUGGAAUACGGAUUCGAUACAAAAACUCCUGGAUUUAUGUAUAAAGCAACCAGUGCUAUGGGACCCGAAACAUUCUCACUACGGUGACAAAGUUGCAAGAGAAAAAGCGCAUCAAAUAAUAGCCGAACAAAUGGACGUUCCUAACAUAACCGCAGAAGACAUAAAUCGCAAGUAUAGAAGUAUGAGAGCGGCGUACCGAGUAGAAGUCAGAAAUAUUAACACUGCUAAAAUCCGCGGGUUCUUUUACAAACCAACGUUGCAUUGGUUUUCCAUUUUCAAGCAAUACAUGAAGCAAGUAGAAGAUCGCAAGAAAGUGAAUUCUCCAAUUAUUCAGAAGCAACUUCUCCUGCAAAGGGAUCUGACAGACCGCCACCAAUACGUUUUUACGCUUAAAGAUGACCCUCAAAUACCUGUAGGACCUAUCAAUAAGAACUUGCCUCCGCAGGUGCAUUUGGUGACAAAUACUGGUCAAGAAAUACACUUGGAUGAGGACGAGGAAUCGUCAGAAGAGGAAAUGUCAUCAGAGGAGAGUGAGGAUGAGUUCCAAAGCUUUGCUGACCACAUCGCUGUGCAACUGAGGAGUAUGUCCGUCCACAGGGCUGUCAUGAUACAGAAUCAGAUUCAAAAAAUAUUCGCGCAAGACAGAGAAAUUCACGAAAUAACGGUCGAGGAAGACGAUUAACUAGAUUUAGGUUUAAGUACUUACUACAUUCAUUAUUAUUCAUAAUAAAUACUUACUUGAAAA